CACAAACUCUUUUUAGAGCCCCUGUACUAGAAUCUCCCUAAAAUUAUAAUCUGAUAUUCUUUAUGCUUCUCUUCAACGGUGGAGGUGGUGGAGUAGACUAGCCGUGGGUUAAGAUAACUCCAAUUCGGACACGAAUAACGCACCCGAAGCCGGGAAUAAAACACCAUCACUAGCAUCCCCGUCUUAUUCAAUGGAGGAACACAGAAAUUGGAAAGACGCUCAGGAUUCUCUCAAGAACAAACUAAUUGCAGAAGAUAACUUCUCAUGGAAAAUACCGAUGUCCAGACCCAGAAGAAGCUUAAGCAUGGAGGAAGGGGUUGGGGGGUUUUUGGAGUAUGUGGGUGGGGUUGAUAUAAGCUUUUCUAAGAAGGAUUCAUCAGUAGCUUGUGGUAUCCUUGUAGUUUUAGACCUCCAUAGCCUUAAGGUAGUCUAUGAAGACUUCUCAGUUGUUACCCUCGAUGUCCCUUAUGUUCCUGGCUUCCUUGCUUUCAGAGAGGCUCCAGUGCUUCUCGACCUUUUGGAGAAAAUGAAAUACUGUGCAAAUCCUUUGUACCCACAGUUGCUAAUGAUAGACGGAAAUGGAGUACUGCAUCCUCGAGGUUUUGGCUUAGGUUGUCAUUUAGGCGUGCUGGCUAAUAUUCCUACUAUUGGUGUGGGAAAGAAUCUGCAUCACGUGGAUGGCCUUACACUGUCUGGAGUGAAGGAGCUUCUUAAAGAAAGAGAAAAUAAUGGCGGAGAUUUCUUUACUUUGACAGGAGACUCUGGACGCACAUGGGGAGUGGCACUAAGAUCGACAGGAGAUUUGUUGAAGCCUAUAUUUAUAUCAAUUGGACACCGUAUAUCACUUGACACUGCCAUCAAAAUAGUUAAAAUGACUAGCAAGUAUCGUGUGCCAGAGCCUAUCCGCCAGGCUGAUAUAAGAUCAAGAGACUAUCUUCGGAAACAUCAGUUAUGAGUCGUUCUUGGAUGAUGAAAUUCCGUGAGCCUGGUAGAUUUACUCUCUUCUUUUUGUUUGAUUUACUAUAUCGUGCAAUGACUUGAAAGAAUAAACCAUGAAAACAAAUAAAUGAAUAAAAUGAAAGUAUCAGGGAAUUGAUGUAACAAUCCUCCCACUCACUCUGUUCCUUUUAAAAUUAAUGAGAUAUCCUUGUUUUUUCAA